CCAAAACACAGGCUGGGAGAGGCUGCGGCCAAUCAAAGGCACCGAGCGGAAACAAACGAAAGACUGGAAUAAAUUCAGGUUUGUUGAGAGUCACAGCUGGCCAAUAGGCAGUCAGUACACAUACCUUUCUUGGGAGCAGCAUGGAAAACCCAAUGAUAAACAGUCUUUUAUCCUGUGACAGUGGCUUUAGCUACAUGAGAAACCAGGAAGUGUAAUGCAGAGCCUGCAACAGAAGUCACCUUACUAUGUGUAUAUUGACGAGUCUGUCUGCGGCCAGGAAUUGAUUCGAUACAUGUAUCUCUGUAUCUCAGGGCACCAGUGAUUACUGUAACAGCUUGCAGGGAGGAGGGUCUCAUUCUCUGCUUCUUGUAGACACACUAAUCCAUCUGGCCUUUUGUGUUCCGUUUGCAGGGGCCUGACAUGCAUGAAAAGGUGCCUUCAGCGGAGUCUCUUUGUCCAGCCAGCCAGCCUUGGGACACAGCAAUCCAGUCCUUUGAGGGAAACAAGCGCUCGUAAUGCUACAUUGUCACAUUAAUGUAACAGACUGAAAGCCUCGGGUGGACGACACAGAGGAAUGAUGCAGAGGAGGCCUGGGACAUUAAAUGGAUAGUAAUGGCCAAAUGUAUACGCUGCAGCUAGCUAUGUUAAUUAGAUUUGACCAUAGUCGGGUACGCUGGGGAUAAAUCCCUAACUGGAAGCGGUAGCGCGAAAAUAUCUAUGCGCAAAAGCAGCCUCUGUCCUCAGUGUCGAGGAGCAGAGCAGCGAGUUUUGGUUCGUAGUGGGCAGCCAUGUUGGAGGAUGCAGCGCAGAAGUGGCACCCAACACACGUUCAGGUUACAGUGUUGCAAGCCCGAGAUCUCCACCCCAAGGGGAAACAUGGCACCAACGAUGCCUACACUAUCAUCCAGCUGGGCAAAGAGAAGUAUUCCACCUCCGUGGUGGAGAAGUCUCUCAGCCCCAUGUGGAAGGAAGAAGCAUCAUUUGAGCUGCCGGGGCUACUGGUGCAGGACAAUCCGGAGCAGUACCAGCUGCAGCUUACAGUCAUGCACCGCUCCUUGGUCGGCCUGGACAAGUUCCUGGGGCAAGUAUGUAUCAACCUAAACAGUAUCUUCGAGAACAAGGAGAGACGAAAGACAGAGUAAGUAGAUCUUUUUAUUUAUUUUUUAUAUGGUUAUAUCUAGCCAUGGCUAAUUUCUACAGCUGCUUUUAAGUUCUAUUUUACAAAUGUAAAUGCAGGAAAAGUAUCACACUACUUUAUUUUAUACCCCGAUUAAACCUCAGCAUGGAGUAUUUAUGUGACGAAGGACUCUGUCCUUUGAUACAGGAGUUACAGUGAGCGAGGCUUCUGUCCUGUCCUACAGGAGUCACAGUGAGCGAGGCCUCUGUCCUGUCCUACAGGAGUUACAGUGAGCGAGGCCUCUGUGCUGUCCUACAGGAGUCACAGUGAGCGAGGCCUCUGUCCUGUCCUAAAGGAGUCACAGUGAGCGAGGCCUCUAACCUGUCCUACAGGAGUUACAGUGAGCGAGGCCUCUGUCCUGUCCUACAGGAGUCACAGUGAGCGAGGCCUCUGUCCUGUCCUACAGGAGUUACAGUGAGCGAGGCCUCUGUGCUGUCCUACAGGAGUCACAGUGAGCGAGGCCUCUGUCCUGUCCUAAAGGAGUCACAGUGAGCGAGGCCUCUAACCUGUCCUACAGGAGUUACAGUGAGCGAGGCCUCUGUCCUGUCCUACAGGAGUUACAGUGAGUGAGGCCUCUGUGCUGUCCUACAGGAGUCACAGUGAGCGAGGCCACUGUCCUGUCCUACAGGAGUCACAGUGAGCGAGGCCACUGUCCUGUCCUACAGGAGUCACAGUGAGCGAGGCCUCUGUCCUACAGGAGUCACAGUGAGCGAGGCCUCUGUCCUACAGGAGUCACAGUGAGCGAGGCCACUGUCCUGUCCUACAGGAGUUACAGUGAGCGAGGCCUCUGUCCUGUCCUACAGGAGUCACAGUGAGCGAGGCCUCUGUCCUGUCCUACAAUAGUUACAGUGAGCGAGGCCUCUGUCCUGUCCUACAGGAGUUACAGUGAGCGAGGCCACUGUCCUGUCCUACAGGAGUCACAGUGAGCGAGGCCACUGUCCUGUCCUACAGGAGUCACAGUGAGCGAGGCCACUGUCCUGUCCUACAGGAGUCACAGUGAGCGAGGCCUCUGUCCUGUCCUACUGGAGUCACAGUGAGCGAGGCCACUGUCCUGUCCUACAGGAGUCACAGUGAGCGAGGCCUCUGUCCUGUCCUACAGGAGUCACAGUGAGCGAGGCCUCUGUCCUGUCCUACAGGAGUCACAGUGAGCGAGGCCUCUGUCCUGUCCUACAGGAGUCACAGUGAGCGAGGCCUCUGUCCUGUCCUACUGGAGUCACAGUGAGCGAGGCCACUGUCCUGUCCUACUGGAGUCACAGUGAGCGAGGCCUCUGUCCUGUCCUAGGAGUCACAGUGAGCGAGGCCUCUGUCCUGUCCUACAGGAGUCACAGUGAGCGAGGCCACUGUCCUGUCCUACAGGAGUCACAGUGAGCGAGGCCUCUGUCCUGUCCUACUGGAGUCACAGUGAGCGAGGCCACUGUCCUGUCCUACAGGAGUCACAGUGAGCGAGGCCUCUGUCCUGUCCUACUGGAGUCACAGUGAGCGAGGCCUCUGUCCUGUCCUACAGGAGUCACAGUGAGCGAGGCCUCUGUGCUGUCCUACAGGAGGCACAGUGAGCGAGGACUCUGUCCUGUCCUACAGGAGUCACACUGAGCGAGGCCUCUGUCCUGUCCUACAGGAGGCACAGUGAGCGAGGCCACUGUCCUGUCCUACAGGAGUCACAGUGAGCGAGGCCUCUGUCCUGUCCUACUGGAGUCACAGUGAGCGAGGCCACUGUCCUGUCCUACUGGAGUCACAGUGAGCGAGGCCUCUGUCCUGUCCUACUGGAGUCACAGUGAGCGAGGCCACUGUCCUGUCCUACAGGAGUCACAGUGAGCGAGGCCUCUGUCCUGUCCUACUGGAGUCACAGUGAGCGAGGCCUCUGUCCUGUCCUACAGGAGUCACAGUGAGCGAGGCCUCUGUCCUGUCCUACAGGAGUCACAGUGAGCGAGGCCACUGUCCUGUCCUACAGGAGUCACAGUGAGCGAGGCCACUGUCCUGUCCUACAGGAGUCACAGUGAGCGAGGCCACUGUCCUGUCCUACAGGAGUCACAGUGAGCCAGGCCACUGUCCUGUCCUACAGGAGUCACAGUGAGCGAGGCCACUGUCCUGUCCUACAGGAGUCACAGUGAGCGAGGCCUCUGUCCUGUCCUACAGGAGUCACAGUGAGCGAGGCCUCUGUCCUGUCCUACAGGAGUCACAGUGAGCGAGGCCUCUGUCCUGUCCUACAGGAGUCACAGUGAGCGAGGCCUCUGUCCUCUCCUACUGGAGUCACAGUGAUCGAGGCCACUGUCCUCUCCUACUGGAGUCACAGUGAUCGAGGCCACUGUCCUGUCCUACUGGAGUCACAGUGAUUAAGGCCUCUGUAGGACUGAACGACUUUCUUGGAUAUAAUUUAUUAUUAAUGGUGACGUCUUUUUAGGAUAUAAUUUGUUAUUAAUGACGUCUAUUAAAAAUAUAAAAUAUAUCGUUAGUGACUUCCUCCUAUGAUAUAACAUAUUAUCAUGGAGACAAGAUCCAGUAAAGUGCUGAAGCCCAUUAUUAGGUGCACAUUUCUAGCGAGAUCAUCUAAUCACACCUGUAAUUGUUUAAUAAAAGUGAGUGUGGCUGCCUUUGAAAGGAACACCGCCAAUCCCUUUCUAGAAUAUAGUUCUCUGUAGAACAAGUGAUUUAAUGUGCGUGCAGCUUGCUGGAAUCAGGGGAGGGGGACGCUGUUUGAGGGUUCUCCAGGCUUUUUGAUGAAGUGUUUUUAUGGGUAAUGAUUUCCAAUUUUAAUAUAUUUAAUAGAUUUCUCUUCCCAGCACAGCUGUACUCUCAGUACUAUAGAGUCCUCGUAACCGUCACUUGUAUUCCACUGAAAAACCUUAUUUUCUACGUUCUGUGGAGGUUUCAAUAUUCUGACUUUUUAAAAUGGUUCUCACACUUCGGAAUAUAUCCAGAUUCAAACUUAUGUUUUAUUGUGUAUUUUGCUCUUUAAAGUAAUGUAUUACCUAAACAGUGAUUUAAAGGGACACUAUACUCAGUAGAACAACUACAGCUUAAUGUAUAGCAUACAGCUUAAUGUAGUUGUUCUGGUGAGUAUAGCAUGUUUCUGCAGGAUUUUUUUAUGUAAACACUGCCUUUUCAGAGAAAAGGCAAUGUGUACAGCAUAGGAACACCUCUAGUGGCAGUCACUAAGACGGCCAUUAGAGUCUUCCUGGGUCAGUGUUGCAUAAUGUGCAGCGCUGCCAUUCAGCUCUGAACAUUCCCCAUAGACACAGUGAUUUAAUGCAUCUCCAUAAGGCAAUGCUGAUUGGCACAGAGCAGAGUUUUGCAGCGCAUGCACAAUAGCCUCCCAAUGCUUUCUUAUAGUAAAGCAUUGGAUUGGUUGAGCUUGUCAAAAUUUGAUGAUCUCAGCCAAGGAGGUGGAGCGGGGCCGGCCACGACGAGACCGCCUCAGAGCUGGAAAAAGUGAGUAAACUACCUUUUUAACUGGAGGCAAAUGAGGCCAGGUACCUAAACUGUGUUUUACAACUGUAGUGUCAGGAAUACAUAUCUGUAUUCCUGACACUAUAGUGUUCCUUUAAUUUGAGGAUUUUUCAAACCUGCCUAUUAGGGCACAAUUUUUUCAAUUUAGCAAAAUUCACUGUUAACCUCAGUAAACCAGUGAAUUACCUACAGCCUGCUAUAACUGUACAUUUCUUGAUUGUGAUAUAAAUUCUCCUUAAAGUAGGCUAGUUGCUUUAAUGUUAUAAGUCAGACUGUGUUGGUGUUGUGUUACAUGUCUAAUGCAGUUUUAUUUUUCUAUAAACUGCUAAAAUGAUGUGUAAAAUCAAUAAAUACUGGCUGAGCUGUGAAUUAAACCCUUUUAAGACCUUUCAACUAAAAGUUCCAGAUUAUUAAACACACAGGUUUUCAUGCCCAAAUGUGCGACUGAAAUAAAUAUUUAAAAAAAAAAGAUUCCUAAAUGUUAUUUAUUAUUUAUUCACCACCUUUCAUUGUUGGGCUAUUCAAUAAACUGAGAUUUAUCAAACCUAAUUCAAGGUUAAAAUAUCACAAUUCAACACCGACCCUAAUAGGCUUGGUGCUGACGGUUAUAAUAACCUUAAUUUGAAUCUUAAAAAAAAAUGAACGCAUAAGACAGGUAUACCUGUCAAGUGUCCUGUAUCUGGGGGGGACAAGCUCAGUUUGGGAUCUAUGUCCUUUUCUUUCCAUUCUUACCGGCUGUCUGGAAUCUGGUGGGAUUGUCCUAUUUCAGCUCCUUUGCCAUCAUCCCAUCCCUUUGGUGGACACCAGGGAACUGUCCCCAGUAAACGCCCGUGUGCUAUGCUAAGGUCAAUAGAACCAUGCUCUAAAUGCUGUAAUAAGUGAAUUUAUAACAAGACACGGAGGCUCAUAUUGUCCACCAAUAGCAGCAAAGAAUACAAACAGAAUGAAAAAAUAAUGAACAUACAGUAACAUAGGCCCCUACCCGCUCAGGUCCCACUAUAAUAGGCAGCACUUCCCUUCCAUUUCCCUCUUUCUUUGCUGCUCCGAUACAAAGAUAAGUACAUGUCACAUCUUCUCUCUGAUUACUUGUUUUUUACCUGCUAUUGAUAUUAUUAUUGAUACCCUUGUAUUACACUGUAUAGGUUUAUCUGUUAUUGAUUAUUUUAUUGUCUUCUGUUUUAUUUAUUAGAGAUUUUUAUUAUUUGUGUUUUCUCUGCUUGCUUGAUGCUACAAAUCUGUGUGUUUUUUCUGUGUACCCAGGGUCCAGACCUCACCUGUCCUUGUGUUUUUCCUUACCUCUGUCUUGCUGUUACCUCUCCCUGUCCCUUGGCGCCCUUUUGCGCCCGUUCUCCGCUGUGUUCGGCUGUUUUUCGUGCACAAAUUAAGCCCGUUCGGCUACACAUGCUGUUCACUUUUUUCCCGGCAGAUAGCACCUUCGCCUGUUUGCCGCGUUCGACUAAGUUUUGCACGAACUGCUCGUUCUGUUUUUUCCCCUCUUUCCAUGAAUUCGUUUAUUUUCUACCAAACGUUCGGAAUUUUCACAAUAUUUUGCCGCGAAUCUUGCGAGAUUGCCGGCGGCCAUUUUCUGACUUUCUGUCUUCCUCCCUUCCUUGUGUGUGCAUGUGCCACUGGUCUGGGCCCUGGUGAGAUCGCUCUUAUACCUAUUGCUUCAGUUUUGGGUGACUAACCCAUACUAUUCUGAUAUCUAAUUAGGGAUUAGGUCCUGUUUAUUCUCCAUUAUGCCUAAACCCAGACAACCUUCUGGAUCCCCACCCUCUGGGGAGACUGAUCCCCAUUUAAUUUGGGUGAGACCCCUGUCACCUCGGGCACUCCACCCACCCUGGUAGACAGAACCACCCACCCUGAAGGGGCACAAUUCUUAGCGCUACAGUGCUCAGUAACAGACGCCAUUAUGGCAGCUAUGGGGUCCAUGUCAUCUAACCUCUCCCAUACUAUUUCUCAAGCCCUAUUGCCACGUCCUUUGGACGAGCAUUUCUCAGGCUCCACGAUGCCUCUAUCGUGUCCUGCUGUGGACCCGCCGGGAGAGGCACCCAGAAAGGCUACCCAUAAGUCCAAACAUCCCUCUGCCUCCAAAACCUCUGACUGGCGUACCUAUGGUCACCCCAGAAAGCGUGUCCCAUCCACGCAAAAGAGCCUUUCCACGCCAGGCAGAACGGGCGCGGCUAUGGAAAUGUGCCAGAGCACAGUUAGAGAGCGACUCUGACUCAGAUAUCGGGUCAGGUGAGGAGACUAAGAUUGAGUCGGACAGUGACUCUGAUAUGGAUGCUGCAGAUGUGGGCUUUGACCUCCUUCCCUCUGCUCAGGCAGAGACGUCCGGAGGUGAUACAGGGACUAGGCAACCCGCGGCUGCGUGGUCCGCCCUCGUAGACCCGUUGGGUGUCCCACUCUUCGACCCGCAUGACCUACACCAUCCGAGGUCGGCAGAGUGGCUCCCGGCCGACCACGUUGCCACGUACCUUGAGAAUUGGGUACCGCGCCCUCUUAGCAAAGUGGCACGUAACAAAUUAAGGGCGGAGUGUCCCAGGCCUGUGGUGCCCAAUAAAGUAUGUGACACUCCUGAGGUAGACCCCAAAAUGACUCAGUUCCUCACUAAACUGGGCUAGAAUCUACCUUGAAAUCUUGCUGGAAACAAGAUAAACACCUGGAUAUUUUCGGUCCCCUGGCCAAAUUGUUUGACUUGGCAGAAGACGCCAGAGUGGGGAACCGCAUGGUUGACCCUGAAGACCUAUGUGGUUGGGUCCAGAGAGCAAUUUGUAUUGCCGGGAGCGUUAACACCUCCCUCUCUAUAGAACGGUGUAAAGCCAUCUUAUUUAAGAUUGAACCAAAGCUGGCCAAUCUUGCCCUCACAGAAGCUGGUAAGGACGCCUAAGGCUUACUCUAUGGCGAUUCCGUUAUUAAAGACUUAGGGCGUUUCGUUGGGGCAUUUACAGCCCUUGACAAGGCCCAAGCCUCCAUGAGACAGGUAUUCCAGGUGCGGGUCUCCACCAGGGCCGGCAGAUUCAGGAGCCGUGUGUCCAGCCGUACCUACUUCCAAUCCCAUGGCACGGGACGAGGCUCCUUCGAGCAACGUGCUAACUACCAGGAGACUAAUUCCCAUGCCACUUUCUUCCUGUCACGCGGCCGCCAAUGGCGAUUAAGAGGUUUCCGGGGCAACUCCAGUUCCAGACGACCCAAGGGUGAGUUCCCACAUACCUCGUAUUUCUUCUCAUGUUUGUGUAGGGGGCAGACUCCAAAAAUUUUUCCCAGCUUGGUCACUAAUUACCUCAGACCCUUGGGUGCUGACCACUGUUCGGGGUUUCCAGAUAGAACUAGUGGGACACCUUGUACACAUUCCCCCUCCUCGACCGAUCUGCUUCUCAUUCCGGGAUCGCAGAUUGAUCGAAGAACUCUCCACCCUACUUGUCAAAGGAGCUAUAAAACGGGCACCUCUCAACCCCGCAGGUGUCAUAAGCAACAUUUUCCUGGUGGAAAAGAAAGGGGGUCAAAUGAGGCCCGUCAUAAAUCUGCGCUGUAACGGAACGGCAGUAUUAAAUCCACGAAUUCCGCUGGUUCAGGAAGUAAUCCACAGUCAAGCGCUGAAAAGCAAGGCAAUAUCCCAAAUCUCCCAGUAACCGGACGAAACACAGUUCUGAGAGUCAACUGAGGUCUUUAUUUUCAGCUCCACAAUUUAUACAAUUCCCCAUGCAAGGGGUUUCUUGAGUCCCAUCCCAGGGGCAUUCCCAGAGUUUCUCCCAUCAGGCACUGCUGCACGAGAGGGAUCCUCCCACAGGAAUGUACCGUUAAAUGGAUUAUCCCUCCGUGCAGCAGAACCAACAAUUUAUAUUAAAAUGCAUAACUGUGGUAAUAUACGGUCUAUUUGCACGAAUGGACAUUCGGUAGAUAGCUGGGGUCUGAGCGCAUCAUUCGUGAGAUUACCAUUCAGAUCCCAGCUAAAACAACCGAACGCCGCACGAAAAACACAUUCAUCAAAAUACACGUUUAAAUGACCGAUUGCCUUUCAGGGAACAAAGUACCCAACGGCCCGGAACUCCCGAACGGCCUGGAAGCUCAGCGGUGUUCGUGCCGUCGAGUAGCCAUUUUUAGUACCAUGCGCUCGACGACCAAACACCGCUGAGGGAACAAAGGAUCCAAGAUGGCCGACCGCCGCAUGGUCGGUAGUCGAAUGGCGGCCACCUCGGAGAGCCUCUAAUUACCGAUUGCAAAAUUGUUGCAAUCGGUUAACAAGUGCCACACGCCUCUAAGUGUGUGGGCUACUACAUGGGGUAUUUUCGGUUCACGAACGGCCCGCAAAAGUGCCGUUCGUGAAACGAAAGAAAAUACAAUACAUACAGCUAUCUGCAUUCGGCAGAUAGCCCAUAUAGUAAAUACAUGUAAAUUAUAACCAGCAUACAUUCUAUAUAGUUAAGCCCAUAUCCCACAACCCUACAGGCAACCCUUAAAGGCACAGUCUCUUUAUAGUGUCCAAGUGGCUAUGUUUGCCACAUGCGCCCCCUCAAUUCCAUGGUUCGGUACCGCCAUUUCAAGAUGGAGGGUAUUCACCUGCUACGAGAUCUUCUCCUACAUGGAGACUGGUUAGCAAAACUAGAUCUCAAAGAUUCAUACCUGACUGUACUGAUUGCGGUGACAUCCCAAGACCUCCUGCGCUUCCACUAGCGGCACGAGAUUUGGCGAUUUACUUACCUGCCCUUUGGCCUCUCCUCAGCACUGUGGUGCUUCACGAAACUGCUACAACCUGCGAUGGCCUGGUUGCACAGUCGGGGGGUUCGUCUAAUCAUAUACCUAGACGACAUCCUUCUCAUGGCUCAGGAGCGCUCCACUCUCCUUACACACCUACGGUUGGCCAUAAACCUCCUUUUCCGCUUGGGAUUCAUUAUCAACUGGGAAAAGUUGUGCCUGACCCCAGCCACUCGCAUGGAAUUCCUAGGGUUCCUCGUGGACUCGGGGGAGGAGACGCUGAGCCUGCCGAUGACCAAGAUUCCAUCCAUCCGGCCCCAGCUCACCUUGCAACAGCUUGCACGGCUCAUCGGGCCUACUGGCCUCGUCUAUACAAGCAGUAUUUCCAGGCCCGCUCCACUACCGAGCGCUGCAGCGCCUGAAAAUAGGGCCGGUGCAUCCUACGUGUAUCUGGUGUUCCUGGACAGCGAAACGAAGGACGAAUUGCGAUGGUGGAUCCUCAACCUGUCCGCUUGGAACGGCAAAGCGAUCUUCGGCUCGUGCCAGAAUUCACCAUUGACUCCGAUGUGAGCCUUCAUGGCUGGGGGGCCCAUUGUGAGGGAGUUUCGACAAGAGGCCUCUGGUCGGAAUCCGAAUCCCAGCUACACAUCAACGCGCUGGAGCUCCUGGCAGGCUCCUUCGCCAUCUGCAGUUUCGCGAGGGACCGGGCCCUGGCAUGCAUCCGCCUCUAUAUGGACAAUAUCUCAGCAGUGAGAUAUGGCAACCACCUGGGCGUUACACAGUCUGCGGUGUUGGCCAGAUUGGCGAAACACUUUUGGGAGUUUUGCCUAGAACAGAACCCGAUGGUUUACGCAGAAUCCUUACCUGGCCUGCACAUCGUUCAAGCGGACUGGGGGUCACGAUAUCUUUUGGACACCAGCGACUGGAGAUUGGACACGGACGUGUUCUCCAGUAUAUAAUCUCUCUGGGGUCCCUUUACCAUCGACCUCUUCACAUCCCAGCUCAACACCCAACUGUCACGUUUCUUCAGCUGGAGGCCGAACCCGACAGCGGAAGCAGUAGAUGCCUUCCUGCAAGACUGGAGCGGAGACCUCCUGUAUGCUUUCCCCCCAUUCUCCAUGAUUCCGUGCUCACUCCUGCAAACCCGGAGACACCGGGCCGAGUUGGUCAUGGUGACUGUAACGGAUCACCUGGCACCCCAACUGGGUACCUCCGUUGAAGGAUGCUCCUAGCGCUUCUUGAGGACUCCAAACACUGCAGCAGACACCACAACCACCGAACCGGAGAAGCAUAUGAAUGCUCUCAAGUAUAUGAAUGCUGUAAGCACCAAUCUCACAAACUACACGAAUACUCCAACUCCUGAACAGGAAACACACAAAUACUGGAAGCAGCUGAACAGGAAAAGCAUACAAUCAGCUUACACUCCUGGCAAUCAGCAUACAAUCCAAUUCCCCCAAUAAUAAGACGACACUUCGUUUUGAGGUCAAGCAGAACAGACAGAGCUGUGGGUUUAUUGUUCUUAUAUACACAUUAGUACCACCCACAGGGUUUUAAAAAACAACCAAUAAACACGUACAAUACACUGACACUGACACUCCCACACAAAAUCCUCCCCUCUGCCUGUGAUACAAUUACCUUACACAAUGGGUAAUGUAAUUAUAACAGGCAGAAUACAGUUUUUCCACAUUAUUCAUAACUUGAAAAGUAUGCAUCACAUUCACAUAAAACGUACAUUUUCAGAAUCAGCAUACUCCAAAUACAAACAUAUAUCAAACUCAUCCACAUUGGUCCAAAAUAUAUGAUCUAUUGGUUCAAAAUAUAGAUCGAAGUCCUUUGUGACCAAAUGAAGCAUGACUUUUCUGCCCAAAACCAGUUCCACAGAGUCUUCUAUCCUGGAGAUAAUUGGGAAGUAAUCCAAUUAUCUCCAAGGACAGAGACAAAACUCCAUUAAGCACAUGGCAGUAAAAAGACAGUAAAAUACAAUAAAAUACACCAGGUUACAUUUAUCACAUAGAACAUACACAUUUUACCUAUCCCCAGAUAGCUUAGAUCUGAGCGCACAUUAUUACCGGAUGGCGCUCAUAUCACGUACAUACAGUUCAAUCGCUAUCUGGGGUAGCAUGGCUUUAACAGUCUGCAGAAAGGCACGAAUACGCUUUUCUGCAGGGAAAAUAAAAGGUUUUAACUGCCGGGCCAUAGUCUAAAGGGAGUAGGCGAGCAACCAGGCUCCUCCAGUGGACAGUGGUGAGGCUGGUUUCGCCACAAUGACCCCCUUCUGGGAGAUGCAGUCAUGGUUCCCGACUACUGCCGUCAUUCCACGAACUGCUGCUGGACCCGAUUGGACGAUGUCACCCCCUCCUGUUGGAGGGCUCCCUUCCGCUCCUGGCGUGGCGGAUCUCCGGGGACCCUGGGAGAUCCAGGUAGUUUCGGAAACAACUAAACGACUGUUGGCAGAAGCGUGGGGCUCCCGGCACUAGACGGGCAUAUGGGUCAUCUUGGCGAGCUUGGGCUGGCUGGUGCCUGGCUAGGGACGCGGAUCCCGUUUCGGCUCCUGUAACCAUGGUCCUGCAAUAUCUGACUUCCCUCUUCGAAGCUGGGAAAGCUUACCGGACUAUCAACCUCUACCGGUCUGCCAUCUCUUCGACUCAUCAAGGCUUUGACGGAUGCCCCGCGGGGCAACACCCCUUAAUGUGCAGACUCCUCAAGGGCUCUAGAUUCUCCCGACCACCCAGGCCUCGCUACUCCAUGACCUGGGAUGUCUCCGUUGUGUUAUCUUUUCUCUCAUCCUGGCCCGCUAACUCCGCACUCUCCUUAAAAUAAUUAUCAGCCAAGUUAGUUUGCCUGCUCUGCCUUGUCUCAUGCAAGAGGGUCUCGGACGUCAGAGCUCUGGACUUUGACGUCAGGUCAUACACCCCAGAUGGGGUAACGUUCAACAUCAGUCGACGAACAAAGACGGCUAUCAAAUUGGUGUCCCACCCGAGUUUCCCUACCUCUCCGCCACUGUGUCCAGUGGCUUGCCUACGCGAAUAUGAAGAUCGCACCAAACUCCACCGUACCACUGUUUCUACACAGCUGUUUUUAUCCUUUCGUCCUCCUUUCCACCCGGUACCUCCUUUCCACAUUGUCACGCUGGGUGAAGUGGUUAUUGUCUCAGGCGGGCAUUAAUACCAUGGUCUUUGGCACCCAUUCGGUCCGGGUGGCCUCGGCCUCUUCGAUGAUGACUGCAGGUGCGCGUCUGGAAGAUCUCAUGAGGACGGCCGAUUUGUCAAGGGAAUCUACUUUCCAGGAAUUUUACUUUCGACUGGCCCCGCAUACGUUUGCUGCAGUAGUGGACCAGCUUUAAACUUGCAAUAUGAGCCUCCGUGUCUUGUUAUAAAAUUGCAUGAUUUUGCUAUUACAUGACGAAAAGUCAUGAUUUUAUUAAAGACACAGAGGCGAGUAUUGUCCCACCAAUGUUAUAUUUCUCAUGUUAUGUUUUUAUUUCCCACCCAGUUUGUUGUAUGUUUAGACGAGUUACAUCGAAUGGUUUGGUAUGGUAAGUGGGGCCGUGUCGUAACGGGGUUGUUUAUGUACCUUGACUUGUUUAAUCACUCUGAAUUGUGGGACUGUAGAUAUGUGGGGUUUUGCUUAGUCUGACCUUGAAACUGGUUGCAAGUAUCGACUUAAACCUGUGGGCUCCUGUUCCUUUAUGUUUUCACAGCCUGAUCCGACAAGGUGGAAUGCCAUGCUUCAGCUUGUGAGGACUCCCCCCACUGAUAGAGUUUGGUCCCACGAUCAUCCGGUUGUGCUUCCCUGUUGUUGAAGUGUUAUCCUCUUCAGUUCUACGUUGCCUUCUCAUUGGACAUUAUCACUGUUCUUGGUUAUUGAUGUUAUUUUGUACAGUCGCAUCUUCAGAAAGAGGGAAAUGGAAGGGACCUGAGCGGGGAGGGGCCCUUGUUACUGUAUGUUUAUUAUUUUUCAUUCUGUUUGUAUUCUUUGCUGCUAUUGGUGGACAGUAAAGAAAGGGAUAUGCAAUACUCGCCUCAGUGUCUUUAAUAAAAUCAUGACUUUUCGUCAUGUAAUAGCAAAAUCAUGCAAUUUCGCAGCCAUUAAUGGAGUCGGUGAGUGUGACUUGCAUGUACCUUUUCAGAUCAGUCUGCCCUUUUUUGGGCGAUGUUAUUAAUAUGGGUCACGUAACUAGCCCACCACUCUAGGAGUGUCUUGAUUUACAUAGUGCCCGGUGUCGGGAGGUAGGUAUUUCUAUGGUAUCCUGCUUCUCAGACAGCAGAGUAAAUUUCAUUCCUCAUCUCUUGUUUCUCAGAGAGGGGUAUGUGAAGGGCGUGAUUUCUACAUGGAGUGUGCUGGCGAUGCACCUUAACGGGGGUGACAUGCCAGUGUCGUAUAGUGCAGCAUCAGUGCCGUAAAUUGUGAGCUAGCGAGGGAGAGAGUGUUCGUGUUCAUGUUCAUUUCAGGGUACAAGUGAGGUUGCAUUUAAUAUUAGAGUACACUGGGUGUUUGGUGUUUAAGAGGAGUUCGGAUAAGGAUAAAGUUUUUUUUUUCUCAGGUUUAGGCUUUGAAAGUUGGACUGAAGAAAGAGUUUUAGGAUUUGGAAAGGGUUACAUUUACGAUUGGGGGAAAAGGGUUAUUUGCUAAGUACUUACCCUCCUAUGUGUUCUGUAGUCCAGUCACCCUCCUAUGGUUGAUAGCAGAGCUGCAGGAAUAGGCCAUGUGCAUUAUUCAGAGCCUCCCCUGCUCCUCCUGCAAGGUAUUUCCUGUGUGAGAGGCUGUUAGUGGCAGAUAGGCAGUGAUCCCUUCCACUUCCUGUGGGAGAGGCAGUUACCCCUAUCAUUUCCUGUGUGAGAGGCUGUUAGUGGGCAGUGUACCCUUCCAUUUCCUGUGCGAGAGGCUGUUAGUGGUCAGUGAUCCCUUCCACUUCCUGUGCAAGAGGCUGUUAGUGGGCAGUGAUCCCUUCCACUUCCUGUGUGAGAGGCUGCUAGUGGGCAGUGAUCCCUUACACUUCCUGUGUCAGAUGCUGUUGGUGGGCAGUGAUCCCUUCCAUUUCAUGUGCGAGAGGCUGUUGGUGGGCAGUGAUCCCUUCCACUUCCUGUGUCAGAGGCUGUUGGUGGGUAGUGAACCCUUCCAUUUCCUGUGUCAGAGGCUGUCAGUGGGCAGUGAUCACUUCCUGUGCGAGAGGCUGUUAGUGGGCAGUGAUCCCUUCCAUUUCCUGUGUCAGAGGCUGUCCGUGGGCAGUGAUCACUUCCACUUCCUGUGUCAGAGGCUGUUAGUGGGCAUAUGGGAAGUGAUUGGAGUAGCUGGGACAGCACUGAGUUUUUCACCCUCUAUAUUUGAUCCUGCAGCUCUGUUAUAGGGCACCGGCCACUUGAACUGGUCUGGGUACAGUGUCUCUAUUGCCCUUUGUCCUACAAUGCACACCAUUGCAGCACUCAUACAUCCACUAGAGGCGCUUUUGAAAUUUUACUGGACUGGACAUUCAAUGCUUUGCUAUAGGGAGAUCAUAAUGCGCUCACCGUGCAAGCACAUUAGACCCCAACGCCGCAUGGCAUCUGAGGAGGCAGAGCACUGGAAUGAAGUAAGUAAAUAGAGUUUUUUUUUAACCCUUUAUUGGCCAGGAUGCGAGAGGGAGAGUUGAGGCAGAGGGAACUAUAGUGUUAGGAACAAAAAUUUGUAUCCUAACACUGUACCUUUAAGUCACCCUGACAAGUCUACUCAAUGACAGCGGUCUUGUCCUUUUAACUGUAUAAUCAAUGACAGCAGUCUUGUCCUUUUAACUCUAUAAUGUAAAACAUUGCAGUUUUUUUUAGAAACAGUAAUGUUUACAUUGCCGGGUUAAAUCUACCCCUAGUGGCUGUUAGUAUGACAGUCACUAGAGGUGCUCUUGUUCCACUGUCGGAGUAAAACUUGGUCACUUGAUGCGAAAGCCCCAAAUGGGAACAGUCACUCAGUGCUUCCCUCUGGAGAAGUUUGAAAUCAUGUGCGAUGCUCGCCGCGCAAGCACAUUAGGUCUCCAAUGCUCCUUUUAUAAGAAGUAUGGAUUGGACAUUGGCGAGGCCUUCACGUCACAGGAGGCACAUGAACAGCUUUGAGGGAGCCUCGGCCCUGGAAAAAGGUAAGUUUAAGAAACUUUAAAAAAAAAAAUGUAUUCUUUAUUUUUGCUGUGCUUUGAUUAUACAGACACGUUUGCAUUGCCUCAGCAACAAGUGCAAGCAUAACAAAUUACACAGUAGGAUAGUUGCAUGGCAAGCGAUGAUAUAGCACAUUUUAUAAUACGGGUAACCUGCUUAGUGAUCACUAUCCAACGGAGUGUAACACCCUGACCGGCUCCACAAGUAAAAGCUAAGCAAAUGUCCAGAACAUGAGAGGACAUUUUAGAGGGACAUAAAAACAAUUGCAAACAAUGCUCUCAAUUAAAGUGGAGGGAGAUAAGCAACAAUAAAGCCAAAUUUGAGCUCGGUCAAAGAAAAGCUCCACCAGAAGUCAUCUGGGCUAGAUGCGAGGGGAGACAGUGCUGGACAUUCAGCUGCUCAGCCUAUGCCUGUCAACGGCAGGGCACGUGCUCUUAGGAUGGUGCAGUUCAGCAAGCGUGGUAACAUAGGUGGUGGUGUGGUAUUCUGGCGGUAGGGAAGUUCUCUUGCAGUCUCCAGCUUUCCACUCCUCGUCCCCUCCAGACCUGCCUUGGGUGUGCUCUACUCUGCUGCAGGCUUAUAUCCAGCUCUUUGGGAAGUUCGCCGGUGCAGUCUCUGUCUCUGUCGGCAAGCUCUGUGAGGGUCUAAAACCACGGGCCGGUUCUGAGGCCGUCGGCACAUAUUUUCAGGUGAGUGAGCUUGUGGCAUUUGUGGAACAGGAAUUUGUUGCUGAAGUCUCCGCUUCCACCAGAAUUCUUCAUAUACAAUGUCUAGUUUUGACAGAGCCCUGGACAUUGCUCCCUGUUGAUGAGCAUACCAUUUUGAGCGUACCGUUGGUGAUGUCAUUGCUGAUUGUGGCAUUACUGCCCGUCCCUGGAGGAUUUGGUGAGCCAUCAGGGUGUGGACCGGGAUGACCUCCGCAGGUCCAAAGAGGGGGCAUUGGGUGGUGCUGAAUUGGGAGAUCGGCCGCAUCUCUCUUCCGCAGUGCUCGCAAGUCCUCUCUCUUAGUAGCUGAGAAUACCAUCAGGACAGCUUGAAAUGACUGCAGGAAGCAACCCCAAGCCGGUCAAUCGACACAGAAUGUGAAGGUCUCUCACUGAGCCUCAGAAGAAGAGCCAAAGGCAUAGGUAACUGGACUGCCUCCCAGUCAGCCCCCAACAUACAGUACCAAGCAGAGAGCACUGCCGGAGCUCUGUGCUGUUGGGGACAGACACCAGAGAACUAAGGCCUCAGUUUUAUAUUUUUAGAGAAGCUUUUUAAAUUAUUUCAGAUUUUUGGAUAAACUUUUAUGGGAUUUUUUUUUUUAAUAUUCAAAAAUAUAUCAGAAUAUUACAAUAUUUUUUACAAAUAUGAAAUAAUUGUAAAAGUUUCCACAAAAAUAUUAAAACACUUGAAAAAAUUAUUUUCAUAAGAUAUUGAAUUGAGGAUUAAAUUAGGAUGGCGGGACAGGAUCUCGAAAUUGGGACUGUCUCACAAGAGACACUGAGCUGGACAUGGAUAGAACUUGCGUAACACAGUCUGGUGGCUCAAUGUAAACUUUAUCUCGUCCCUUUCUGGUAUUCUGUGAGGGAUGAAGCAGAUCUGUGGCUACAGAGCAGGGAAUGAGACACGCGCCCCACCACAAGCCCAGAAGUCCACAUUCCUUUAACACAAGUCUUUAUAUGCUGAUUCCUAAAUUCCGAGGGUAGCGUGAUGGCAAAAGUUUAAUCUAAAAAGCAACAGAAGUUAAAAAAACUAAAAAUAAUUCAAGGGAUUCUCUAGUGCCAGGAAAACAAACCCGUUUUCCUGGCACUAGAAAAACCUGGAGUGCCCCGACCCACGUCGCUGAAAGGGUUAAAACCCCUUCAGCUACUUACCUAAAUCCAGUGCCUAUGUCCUUUGGCGCUGGGUCAGGCUCCACUUAUGCUCCUCCCCUGCAGACGUCUGCCGGCGGGAGAGACCUAAUGCGCAUGCGCGGGAAUAGACCUCCACAUAGGAAAGCAUUAUACAUUGCUUUCCUAUGGGGACUCCGGCGAUGCUGGAGGUCCUCAUGCAUAGCGUGAGGACAUCCAGCGUUGUUUAGAUGACCAAAAGUUGUCUAAGAAGCCAGAAGUCCCUCUAGUGGCUGUCUGGUAGAACCAUUAAUAUCCCUUAAUAUAAAAUCCUUUAUUUUUCUUUUCUUUAAUUUGAUGUUAAGGAUUUAGUGACCAACUGUGUAAGCCAAAUUAUUUUAUUUAUUUAUAAAAUAUUUUACCAGGAAAGAUAUAUUGAGAUUUCUCUCAUUUUCAAAACAUACACUGAUACAAUGUGUUACAAUAAAAUACAAAAACAAUAUUAAUACACAAUAUAUCCAAAAUUUAACAGAACAAGUAGGAAAUAUAUAAUCAGCCAUGACAGGCGCAUUCUGUUUUGAGGUAUGUAGAGAGGAGUCUCUUAAAGCGCUUUAGGCUUGGGGAAGAUUUGGAGGUCGUUCCAUAAUUGUGGUGCGCUGUAGGAAAAGGAGGAUCGAGCCACUUUCUUUUCGUAUUGAGGUAGACUGAAUAAAGUGUUGGUACUGGUCCUCUCUCACUCCAGGUUAUAGGAGGUGGGAACAGCCGGGGAGAGCAUUCUGCUCAGGUAGGGUGGGAGCUUCCUAGAAGUGCUCUUAAACACAAGGCUGGAUGCCAUUGAUUGGCUCUCCGUGUAGAACCUGGGCAAGCCUGGUCCAAACUAAGACGCCAAUCACUUCUACUCAAUCUCUCUUUUAUAUGACUCUUCAGUGUCAUGGGGGCAGAAGCCAAACUAUAGAAAAACAUUAACUCCAAUGCGGGCUGAUAUCCAAUGUUUUGUAAUGCAUGACAACUUAUUUUAGGGGAAAGAAAAGACUGUGUUGAGUUCUGCGACCUGACGUUUGAUGUGCAGCGAGGCUAAGGAGAUAUAAGCAGUGUUUUCAUAUUGCUGUUUGUGAAGAGCUUCUCUAACAGGCCGUACAUUGUAGACAAAGUGCUAUACUGGUAAACGAUGACCUGGUCUGAUCAGCUAGAAUAACAGAGUUAUCAGCUUGGUGGGAGUCUCAUAGCUUGAGCCGGAGAGUGCAAAUUGUUUUAUCAAUGGUAGGCGUCGUUUGACGCUUUUAGUAUGCCAGCUUGCUGGCUCCUGUGGGGAAUGCUGAAAUCUGCUAAGAGAAAAAACACUUCACGUCUUUAAGAAGGCCUGAAAAAAAUGAAAGAAAGAAAAAUGUGUUUUAUCUUCUACACAACAAACUGCGAGCACCACAAAUCCAGAACAUGCACCGUAUCCUCUUUAUAUUGUUUGUUUCAUUUCCAAGCCUUCCUUUAAUACAUUAUUUUAUUAUAUAUAUUCCAGCACCAUAAUCUGAAUUCACCUGCUCUGUAUAGCAUAUUGCAUUAUCUCUCUGUAUCAAUGGCAAUCUGCUUAUUGGCUCACUCAUUGUUCUCACCACCUCACAAGUUAAAUAUAGACUGAAACCAGGGUUGGAAUGAUAGAUUGUAAAAAAAGACUUUUAAAUGCAUUGAAAACAUACCGUCGUGACUCUUUAUAAAAAAUGUAAACUGUAUUCCCAACAGAUCAAUGUUAUUUUUAUCUUUCAUGCAAUAGACAAUUUAUAAUAAUUACCACUUGUUUUUUUUUUGUGUUUUUUUUUUUUUAAUGUGGGUGCAACAAUCUUGGAUUUUUAUCCCAACCUUUAAAUGUCGUUCCUAACAAUUUCAUAUGCUCCGAGUUACCAAGGAAGGAAAAUCACAAGACUUCUAGAUUAGUCAGAAAUUGGUUUUAAAAAAUAGUAAAACUCUAUUUGAUUUUAAAAUGCGGUUAUUAAAGUGCUAAAUUGUAAUGCAGAUCCAAUAUCUGCCAUUUAUGUCAACCCUUUCAAGUUAGACAGACCCCAAAUCAAUGCCAAGCUUUUAUUCCGUUUCUUACGAUCUGAAUGUAUCUUUACAUGAAUCACUCGAUAUGGGUUUAUAUCUGUAUUUAUCUGGCCGUUGUUGGCUAAUGUGAGUUUCAGAAUCUUCCUGUAAACUGUAAGAAAGUUAUGGGUCAAAGUGAGUUCUCUGUAUUUCUUACAGAUGGUUCAAACUUGAAUCUAAACAAGGAAAAACCACGAAGGACAGAGGGCAUCUUAAAGUCAGUAUCCAGUUUAUGAGGAAUAAUAUGACUGCCAGUAUGUUCGACCUCUCCAUGAAGGAUAAGACGCGAUCUCCCUUUGCUAGGCUGAAAGACAGAAUGAAAGGGAGGAAGCCAGAUGGGUCUGUGUCCGACACAUCAUCAGCCAUUAUCCCUAGCACAAGUGGUCUGCACCACGGUCAGGAAUCAAGCAGUAUGGACAUACAAGUCAAGAGCAAGCCGAAAAAGCCAUUUCUCAUAGGACCUCAGCGCCUGUCCUCUGCUCACUCCAUGUCUGACUUGGCUGUUCCACAAGCCUUGCAAUCGGGCAGCGGAGGACUUCCUGGUAAAGAGCCCCUUGAUUCAAUCAGCUCAGCAGAUGAAGGUGGUGAGUUACCCCGUGGGUCUUUUAGUAAUGAGACAGUUACAUUGAUGCAAGUGAACAUUGAAUACAAAAAGUCUAAAAUUUUAAAUAUAGGCCUCAAUUUAAUAAUUAUGGUAUAUGUUAUUCAAAUGAUUUAAUAUUAUCGGAUAAACUUUUAAAAUAUUAAAAUACCAUGUAUAUCAUAUAUCAAAAAAUAGAUAAAAUAUUUUCCAAAUAUUAUCAUUUAAAAUAUUAAAUCGAGUCCAAAAUACGUUGAUAUUGUUAUUAUAAAUAUAAUAUAUAUUCUAUAUUUAUAAAUAGGGAUUUCAUAUCAUUUAAGAUUGGCCUGUAGAUCCUUACAUAUUGUUAUAUUUGUGCCUGUUAGAGUGAUCCAUCUAAGUGACAGGCAUUAGGAAAUGACAGUGACAUUUUAGGUAAAUAUAGUCAAGUUUUUAUUUUUUCUGAGCGGUAGAGGGAACGUUUCAUCCUCAAAUAAUGUCUGUAUGGGAAUAGUACCACCUGGAAUGACUUGGUAUGACCCCUGUUGUUUUAACCCCUUAAGGACAAACUUCUGGAAUAAAAUGGAAUCAUGACAUGUCACACAUGUCAUGUGUCCUUAAAGGGUUAAAUAGACACAUAACCUAUAUAAAUUGUUACCGUGGGGGUAUUAGACCGUCAUGUCCUAAUACAACAGAAUGGGGGAGUGAUAGCCAUCAAUGUGUUUCAUUUUGUGCCCCGACUCAUUGUUUCAGAGCAGAGAAUAAUGCCUGUAAAAUACCUUCAUUUAUAUCAAUUUAAUGGAGAAUAGACUAGUUUCAUGAUUAGUGUCACAGGAUGGUGGCCCUGAUUUCCAUCAGUUCCAUACACCAGUGGGGUCUUUAUGUGGUCGAUAUUCCAGUGGCUGCAUUCGCCAGCACUGGAGUUGAUUGGCAAUGGCUGGUCAGGGGUGGACGUCAUGAGAGUCACCCGUGCUAGGUGGCAUGCAUUCAGGGUAUACAACGAUAUGGAAUGGCAAAAGGGGUUUCUGAGUCAAAGCUGGUGGACGUUCAAGCUAAUUAUUGGAACGAGAGCAUCAUUCAACACAAUUUAUUUGUAUGAUAUUUUCAAAAACAAAUUCUUCAUAUGUCUUAGUGGGAUUGGAAUGUCGGGCUAUACAUUCUGUGAGUGAUUGCAAGAUGGGCCAGGGCUGACAUCUCCACAAAUUCCAACCUGCAAGGGUUAGUGAUUAAUUAAAUGUAUAAAGAGAAUACCAACAAAUAAUGACUAUUUUACCGAACCGUAACUUAUAUUUACAAAACAUGCGCUCCCCAAUGACAAUAUUCUUUUAUGAUAGAGUUUCUUUUCCUUAUACAUUAUUGAAGCAAUUUAUACGUUGUGUCUCCUACUUUCUGACUCUGGAUUCAUACAGAUCUUAUUGUCCACGUUCUAGGAAACCUCAAAUCACCUCACCGGAGGACAAUGAGUGCUGACACCUCUCAAACCACCCCUGAGACGGCUGCACCCGCUGAGGGAGAACGGACCACAAGAGCACCUGAACCUGCCCCGAGUGCCAUACCUGUACUCCCCCAGAAAUUUGCCACACUGCCCAGGCAAUGGGCCCCCUACGAAGACCAUAGCGAGCUACGUGGAAGCCAUACAGCUGGAGGCACAUCUUUGGGCUUGUUCUCCAAAUCAUCAGAAGGAAAGAAAGACGGCAAAAAAAAGGACAAAGUCAGUCUUUUCGACAGAGUAACUGGUAAAAAAGAAGGAAAAAAGUUUGAGAGGCAGAACCAAGAGGACUGGGGAUCAGAAAACAGUGUUAAUCAACCUCAGGCUUCUGGAUAUGAGUCCACAAAUCCAUUUUCCACCAACUUCAGGAUGGGAAGUCAGGUUCCAGAACAACGGUAAUAAAUCUUCUGUUUUUCUCACUUGACUUUUUUUCUGUGCAAACUCAGUGAGUCUGGGAUAUGAUGGCAGAUUGUGGGGAGUAACUCGGCUACCGGUAAUAAACAAAGAGGUCAAUACUAAAGCAAUGAAGACUAUUACACAUACUUUAAAAGAAAAUGCACUGCAUGUUGGGGAAUGUAGAGACUUUGCUCCCAGCAAUGGACAAAGGCAGCAGAAAGGACAUACAAUGCACCGUCCUUUAAACCUGGGGGGGCAUAGUAGACAUUGGGAAAUCUUCCAAUUCUUUUACUUUGGCCCACAUAUCAAGCAUUUAGAAUUCACUAAAGUGAAUGUUUUAGAAAGUAUUUCUUCAGUAUCAAACACUCUGGAACCCAUUUAAAAAUACAGAUGUCUUUUGUACUUGUGAUAUUAUUUAAGAGUUGUAUUGCUUUCCAUAGAUGUGACCUAACAACCCAUUUGUAGCUGUGCCCCCAGAUGACACGGUGCCCCCUGUAUGUUUUACUGGCGCAGUCUCUGUGCCGAGACAGGCAGCUCUAGUCGACUAAUCAGCUGAUGUGAAAAUUUCUCAAUUUACAGCCAGCGACAGGUGUGAAACUAGAAAGAGUUUAAUUUGAAUGUGUCGUUAGAAUCUCUAGCGAGGAGCCAGGAAAGUUAUUAGCAAGGUCAUCGUAGACAUGGAAUGGGUAAUUAGGCAGACCCUGGUAGAUGUAGUUUAGGUAAUUAAGGAAGUCCAUGGCAGUGGACACUGGGCUUGCUAUAAAUAGUGUAAAAGUCAGAAUAAAAAGUAAAUUAGAGAAGAAUGACUCUCAUUUAUCUACUCUAUGUUGGUGCUGAAUGUUCCCCUGGGGGGGUAGUUAAAAGUAGGUUAACAUAAAAUUGAGAGAUCGUGUGAUCCUGAACACCUACCAAGCACACCUGUGUGAUUUUAUUUAAUCUUUCAUUAUACUAUAUAACUGGCUGAAUAUACAUUAUUAUAUCCCAGCAGGCUCCUAUGUAAAAGCUGAAACUGGCACGGACAAAGAUCAGGUUCCUGCAGUUCCACACGGAAUGUUUCAUAUAGAAGACCUCUGUAAUACAUGCGGCAGCCCAGAUAUAGUGCCAGGAGAGUCCCUCUAUAAAUGUGCUCUUAGUGUAUUAACACAGCUACCUAUUCACACCUUCCAUGGCUAAUAUCCGGGGCUACCUGCUCCCAUGAUCCUUGGUCAGCAGUUAAUAUAUAUGCUGAGGUAUUGCUGUCUGCCAUUGCAAUCCUUAUUCUAUCAUAAAUUGGCGUUAAUCAGUAACCAUUAACUGUGGAUAACUGACAAGUGUUUUAGGUCAACUAUUUUAGUUCGAGAAGUUUUCUUAAUUAGAUACUUUGGCUUACAGUUUCUGAAAUGUACCAAAAUAACUUUAGUUUAAUGAAGCAGUUUUGGUGUGUAGAUUGUUCCCCUGCAGCCUCACUUAUCAAUUCUCUGCCAUUUAGGAGCUAAAUCACUUUGUUUCUGUUUAUGCAGCCCUAGUCACACCUCCCCGGCUGUGACUGACACAGUCUGCAUGAAAACAAAAUGGUUUCAUUUUCAAUCAUAUCUUGCAUAACAUUGUUUUAAUUUCAGGCAUUUUCAUAUCCUGCUCUGUUAAUCGAACUUAAAUCACACGCAGGAGCCUGCUGUAGACUGUAGCAGGCAAUUGACAGAGGAGGUAAAAAUAUUCUAAAUUAAACAUACUGCGCUAUAUUUGAAGCUAAAAUAAUUAGACUCUUUAUUGGGAGUUGUACAGCGAGGUUGUGUGUCUCAGCCAGGGGAGGUAUGGUUCCUAAAUUACAGUGAAUUAAGCAGUGAGACUGCAGGGGCAUGAUCUAUACACCAAAACUGCUUCAUUAAGCUAAAAUAAUUUUAGUGCCUAUAGUGUACCUCUUAAAUUAACAUUUCAUAUAAAACAAUAUUUAAAAAGUUUUUUUUGUUAAUUAAGUAGUGGCCUAUUUGUAAUCCAGGUGUUCAGUUUCAGGCCCUGCGACGGGUAUGAGGUGGGCUAUCUCUGCUGUGUGUUUCCCUCUCAGCUAUGCAGCCUACAGAUUGCCGAAUUAUUGCCCAUAUGAAGGGAAGAACGUGAAGUGUCAAAAGAGCUUUGCAUAAAUGCGGUGGCUUAAUGUGGCUAUCCCGUAGGAUGUCAUUGUUUUACACCUCUGGGCUUCAUCGAUUGUGUGUCUCUUUGCUCUAGUAGAGUGGUUAAGGGGGAUGAGGUGGGGUGACCUAUACGAUUCCCGGUAGGGUGUGCUAGUGUGAGCGUGUAUCAAAAACAUCGACAUAUCUACAUUUAUUAACUGGUCUUUGAAAACACUGCACUUCACCUUUUAGUAAAUAAGCCGUUAAGGGCAACUUAUUCAGAUGAAGUGAAGUGCGCAUGUGCUGAGUGAAUUUAAAGAGUGCAGUUGCUAUGGCAAUUAAUGAGAAAACUAGCCUUUCUGUCCAAUUUGGAAAAUGGUAUUCGCUCACUAGUGGUCGGUACCAAUGGAGGCAGGAGAACGUUCUGUGCAGAUCCGGAAAACAGAAGAGGACCUUGGAAACCUGUCAGGAUUUUGUAGUAACAAUGCUUAAUGUCUGUGUUUAUUUACCACGAAACAUAGAGUUAAAAAUGAAAUGGCUAAUUUAUGUAAGAAUUUAACCAAAUUAGAUGUUAUUGAGAUAUUAAAUCAGUCUAUAACUUUAUUGGGUUUUAUUACAGUAAAUCACUGUGUCAAUUAUUCACUAAACAGAGAUUGAAAAUUGUAUUAUGAAAUGCUGAUUGGUAAAACUCUCCUACUCUGACACUCAGAUUCGUAACAUUUAUCCUAAGUUAGGUCUAAUUUUAAAACUGAAGGUGCCCUUCUGCUGUAGAGUUUACUUGAAUUCAUUUUAUUCAGAAUCCGUUUAUCGAACAGGAAAAAAUGACUAGAGGGUUCCGUUAAGUGAUGUUCUAUCAGCUGCGAUAGAUGGCAAAUAUUCUUAAGCGAUCUAAACAUUGAUAUUUAUUUUGUCUCCUGUGCACAGCUCACAUUUACGGCUUUCAGGCUCGGAAGCACAAAUGGAGAGUAACAUGCGAGGAGCGGAGCUCUACCAAAGCCAUGGAAAACACGUAAGUUCUGUCUAAUACGAGAUUAUGAAUUCUGGUUCUCUUGUCUGUAUGUGUCUGAUUUAUUUGCAUCUGACCACUGUCAGUGCUACGAAAUGUGGCUUUAUGUAUAAAUAUUACCUGUUAUUAAUAUUGAUACUUUACAGAGCGUUCAGAGAAGGGCUACUAAACUGGUUCAUGGAUUGCAGGAUAAAACUUACCAGGAAAGGUUAAAGGAUCUUAACAUGUAUAGCUUGGAGGAAAGACGAAACAGGGGUAUAUGACAGAAAAAUUUAAAUACAUAAAAGGAAUGAACACAGUAAAGGAGUAGACUUUAUUUAAAAGAAUAAUAACUACCACAAGAGGAGGACAUAGUCUUAAAUUAGAGGGACAAAGGUUUAAAAAUAAUAUCAGGAAGUAUUACUUUAUUGAGAGGGUAGUGGAUGCAUGGAAUAGCCUUCCAGCUGAAGUGGUAGAAGUUAACACAGUAAAGGAGUUUAAUCAUGUGUGGGAUAGGCAUAAGGCUAUCCUAACUAUAAGAUAAGGCCAGGGACUAAUGAAAGUAUUUAGAAAAUUGGGCAGACUAGAUGGGCCGAAUGGUUCUUAUCUGCUGUCACAUUCUAUGUUUCUAUGUUUUUAAUAUGUUCUCGUAGAUUGACACAAAUAGUUUUUCCUCAUUUCUGCUUUCUUAACUUAAACUGCAGAAUUCAGUAGAGUAGAAGGAUUUAUAACUGGACUACAAGUCCCAGAAGCCCCUGCUCUGAGCAUAAGUGAGGGUGUGCACAGACAAAGAGAACUUUCAAUGCUGCAAAUUAACACUUGCCGUGCUGGGUUAAACAUGGCCAACAAGACCAGAAUGAGAGUGAGCAUCUUUAUUUCUCUUUCGAAUUUUGGUUGUUUUCCAUGUAAUUCUAAUGGAUUUUUCAUACUUUGCAUUAAAAGAUAAAUGUGCCAAUUCCUGCCUGGAGGAACUCUUUAAUAUCUGAAAAUUCACAGAAUGUGCUCCAUUAUCUUCUGCAAUUAUUGAUAUAUUGAGCACAGUGUCUGGAUAUUCUGAACACAAAUGUCAAAUCUAUCUAACCAUUCGUCCGUCUGUCUGUGUGUGUAUAUAAUGUAAAUCAGAAAUACAUUGUGUGCUCACUAUGUCAACACCCAGCUUCUGUUAAAGGCACAGUCACCCUUUCCCUGGGCUCUAUUGUUUUUGGAACAGGUGUAGGAGACACAUUCUUGGAGCCGUAGUGGAGACUCCCGGUUCUGGAAGGAGCAAUAUUUGGCUCAUGUCUAUCUAUCUUUUCUAAAAUGUCAGUGUGCACCCCAGAUGGGAGAGAUGCCAUGGAUACAGCUUUAUUUUUACAUUUUGUUCCAAGAUGAGAGCUGCCAUGUAGCUGAGGACAAACCGGAACAUAUACCAUAUAUGCUAUUAUAUUGUAUAUCAGGACAGGGAGUAAACUAUGUGUUUUUUAGGUCUGGAGGAAUAAGGAAUAAAAACAUAUUCAAACAAAGACAAUAAUUACUUUAUAGUUUGUUUUGACUAGGUUAGAGCUUCGACUCCCAUUCAUAUUCUAUUCAAACUAUUUUGUUGUCUGUUUUGUGUCUGUUGACCCCAAAUACUGAAUCUUCACCUAUUUGUAUUUUUUUGGUUUUUUUUUUUUUGCUCUCACCUGCAAAUCACGAUGGCAGCUCACUUAAUACAGAUAAUAUACAGUCACAGAUUUUGGAGACCUGUCCUGUCUCCACUGCCGAUCAAAAAACAAUCCUAAGUACUGUGUAUGAAAAGCUUGUAAUAAUGAUUAUUCCCACUAACCUGUUACGUGUACACUGUUACCGGCACAAAAUGAUUACAAAUAUAUUUGCUUGUUGGUGAAACUUACUCCCUCACUAUUUGAUUAUUACAUCAAUAAAUAUUAGCAAAAUGAAAAAGUUAAGUUUUAUGCACUGUAUUAACAUGUGUGUUCCUCUGUUAUCCAUAUGAUGUUUAAAGUGAAAUGCGUACAUUUGUUUAUUUAUCCUAUAAGUGUAGAGAAAAUAUUGACGGGCUGGCUAACGUGUCUUACGGCUAAAAUUGGCAUUUGAUGCCAGCACGCAAUCAGCUAAGCUCAGGAGGAUCAGGGAGAACUUAGAUUUAGUGAUUCCAUUUUUCAUUUUUUUAUAGUGUGUCUUACUUUUUGGGUGGCAGACCCCACCAGAUCCAGUGUUUUAUGAAAACAUUGUUUGUUGAUUGGAGUGACCCUUUAGCUCACAAUGUGCCAGCAGAGGACGUAGAACAAUAUUUAUUCCAUAUAGUGAAGAUUUGUCUGAAACGUUCACAUUAAAUCUCUGACAAUCUGCCGUAUUAUCUUCCAUCCUCUUUACAUACCAGGACGUCUGGCGGAGUCAAACAAGUACGAGCAUGCGGCAACUUGAAGAGAAUAGAUAUAUUUUUUGUUAAUAAUCAAAAUCUAGCUGGCAGCAGAAGCCUGCAAGCAGAUAAGCGAGAACAUUUUGUUUAUAUAUACAAUGUAAAUGCAGGAAUGUGUGAAUUCUGAUACAGAAUGUGUCUCCGUGUAAACAACUAUACGGAACACCAAUCUCCGGGCGUUGCUUUAAAAUAUAAUGACAUUGUUAAAUAAAAAUUACUGUCCGUAUCACCACUUCACAAUUAGGGGUGAAAAUCCCUCCUAAAUUGUGGCUGUCUGACUCCAUGAAUCUUCAUCAAAUAAAUACCACAAUAAGUGGUAAUAAACAAACAAUUUACUGUUAAUGUGUAUGUGACGAGAGCAAUCUCGCCACAUUGCAUUGGAGGAGCCUGGUUGCCUGCCUGCUCCCUUUAGACUGUGGACCGGACUUUUAAAAUACUUUAUUUUACGGACGGCCACCCAGAAGAGAAGUGUGCUGCUGGUUAACCUAUUGAUCCCAAUUAGAACGUUGCGGUUAACCGCAGACACUUCUCAAUUAAAACCGAAUACAGGGUGGUCGCCGUUCGUAUGUCGACCACGAGGCGGCGGCCAUUUUAACCAUGUGAAAGACCAGCAGUGUUCGACGGUUAUUUCAUGGAACUGAAAACGGACACUUUUUCAACCGAACACCGCUGAAGCCGUCGACCUCCCUUCUCAAUCGACAGAAGUGUGCGAACACCGGCCGUUCGGGAGAUGUAAAGGAACGAAUGGACUUACCCCAGAUAGCCUUCCCAUGGAGUCAAUCGCAUACCGAAGAACUGUAAUAGACUUUGACUCCAUGGCGAUUGAACUGUACGUAUGGGAUCUGAGCGCUAUUCGCCAAUAAUAUGCACUCAGAUCCAGGCUAUCUGGGCAUGUGUUAUACGAAUGUAAUAUGUUCGGCAGUUAUAAAGUUAUGUAUUUUUAUGUGUUUUGUGACUUGUAUUUAAAAUGGCGAUUUGCCUCUGCUCUGGGAGAUAAUUGAAUUACUUCUCAAUUAUCUCCCGAGCAGAGGGGAGGAAACUGUGAUGCAUGCUGGGAAUAUUAGUGGGGUUGUAUGUCUGAAAUGUCCCCAUGUCCUUCUGCUAUUCCAGUCUCCCAUUUGGUCCCCUAGGGGAGUGUCCACCAAGUGGGAGACCUGCAUAAAUACGGGCAGGUAGCCCACAGUAAACUCAGUUCGUGUUUUACCCUCAAAGCGGAGCUUGGUCUCGUUAUUGGGGGGAUUUUAUUACCGGCGACUAGAGACUGCUCAUUGGAAUUAUUUGCCGCUUGGAAGAUAUUGGCGUUCGGCUAAUAUUGGCAGUUCGUGUAUUUGGAGCUCGUGAAGGGAAGGAGCCAUACAGGUGCCGUUCGGGAGUUUGGAGUGUUCCCUGGCUGGCGGUUCGCAUGGUUAUACUGCAUACGCUACCAGACCACAUUAUUGCGAACGGGGAGCAUUCACUAAAUGGCGGUUUGUACAUUUAUUACUGAAGGUACCGUAACAUGUGCGUUCAGAUCCCAGCUAUCUGGGGAUAUGUGACAUGUAUGGAUUUUAUGUAUUAAAUGUAACACUGUAUGUUUUAAUGUAUUUUACUGUCUUUGUGUACCCACGUGUAUAAUGGAGUUUUGGCUCUGUCCUGGGAGAUAAUUUGAUUACUUCCCAAUUAUCUCCAGGAUAGAGGGAGGGAAAUUAGGAUGCAUUGUGGGGAUGUUUUACUUCUGUGUGUCUGAAUGUGAUACAUGUCUGUCUGUGUUACAGUCUUCCAUCUGGUCCCCUAGGGGAGUGUCCACCAGCUGGGAGACCUGCAUAAAUACUGGGCAGGUAGCCCUCAACACGGAGCUCUGUCUCGUCUUUGGGGGGAUUUACUGUAUGCUGUUAGAGACUGAUUGCCAGGAGUGGGAGCCGCUUGGGUGCUUUUCCUAUUCGUCUGCUAGCAGCUAUUCGUGAGGUUCCAGUUCGGGAGUUUGGAGUGCUAUUUUGUAUGCAGUUCGGGAGUUUGGAGCAUUCCCUUGUAUUCAGUUCGGGAGUUUGGAGCAUUCCCUUGUAUGCAGUUCAGGAGUUUGGAGCAUUCCCUUGUAUUCAGUUUGGGGAGUUUGGUGUUUUGCAGUAGCUGUGCCUGUAUCUCUGGAAGGGGAAGAUCUACUAAACGGUGCUUUAAUCUUUUUAUGCCUGGGGGUGCCGCUAAAGUGUAUUUAUAUUGUAGAUGGUGUUUUGACCGCAGAGACACGGUUUAUUUAGCCAUUUAGAAAUGAAUUGAGGCAGUGAGCUUACAAUCAGACAUUGUACAUGGCAUGAGAGCGCAUACAUCAUCGUCUGCCGGGACUCAGGAUUCAGGAAAACACAUCUACGGAAAACGUACAAAACACAAAUAAUUGAAGUUGCCAUGGUGAUAUAAAGACCUGUAAUGGACUUCCGUGAUAAAACGAAUAACGUGAUUGUGAAGCAUAAGAGGGGUGCACUCAGGGACCUGUUUAGGAAAUGAGGGUAGGUUAUUACCAAAUGUGAGCCCCCGGAGGAAACUGCUUUCUGUGCUACACAUGUGUGACACAGUCUGUCUGUUAAUAUAAUGUUGAUCGAUAGUCACACAGAUCAGGCAGAAGCCAUUUCAUCCAAUUUGUUAGAUUUUUUUUGUAUUUUUGGGACGGGACAGCCAUAAAACGAGGAACCUGCCUGGUGUCAUUAAAGGAAGGUUGGCUGUCAUUCACUUCUAUUUCAUAAAGUGUUUGUAUACAGAGAUCGUUUUUUAAAUUCAGCAAAAUAACAGUUUUUUGUUUACCGUCUGCUGCAUAGAUCUGGCAUUUUUCUCUUCCCUAGAUUCCUUAUUCCACAUUCUAAAUUGGUCUGCGUUUAGAACAUUCCGCACUAUAUUUUACUUGCUGUAAUCUCAUCUACAGUAAGCACCAAUUAGGUAAAUAAAUGUGUCCUUGUGCUCUAUCAGUGUGAAUCAUCUCCUUUAAUUGGCCCAGCCUCUCACGGAAAUGACUGCCACCUGCGUUGGUAAUGACGGGAUGUGUAAGUACGCAGAAGGCCGUGAGAGGGAGGUUGUGCGGGCACACCAGGCAUUCAACUGCUAUCUGCCUGCUUAGUAUGGCAACGCCAUCUUAACAUGCCCCCAUGCCAUCUCCAAAAAAACAACACAGACUUCUUCUAAUUAGUGAAGAUUUAGCUCGUCUCUCCUCCUCCUCACUUGCUCUCUGUGUUCCCAGGUGGAGAUAACUGCUCUGAUUUAGAGAACAGGAUAUAUUUCAUACUCACAUAAUUUACACCUUCAUUUGAAGGCUCACCAAUUUCCUUUUUAUUUUAAAAUGAGGGAAUAAACAUGGGAAAUAGGGCUAUAUUUACCCCCGAGGGCUGGAGGCAGUUUCUGUUUGACGUUGUGCUUGGACUACAAGUCCAAUAACUCUGAGCUACUCGGAUAAUGAGGAACGUGGUUCUCAAGAUGAGAUUAAUCUGUGAAAACCUGUUUAGAAUAUCAGGAAGGACUUUGCACUCAUUGAUAUUUAAUCUUCAAAAGGGUUCGUAUGUGAAGCAUCUUGGCCACAAAGGAAUAUUUUAAAUCUAAGCGUUGUUUUUUCAUAAAUCCAUUAAAAGAGAGCAGCAACAUUCAUACUAACUCUUAAAUGAUUGGGUCAAUGUUACAUGAGCUAUUCGGAACUGUUUCCAUCUCUGUGGAGCUCUGUUAUCUUGUCAGAUGCUUCUUUAGUAAAAAAAGAAUGAAACACCCAUCACUCUCAGUUAAGCUUUUAGCAAACCUCCAUGAACUUCCUUAAUCCGAAAUCCAUCAUGCACUGCUGGACGAGAGGGAUACUCCCACUAGAAAAAACAGUUAAGUGGAUUAUCGCUCCGUGCAGCAGAACUGACAUUUCACAUUAAAAUACAUAAAUUUUACAUCAUUCACUUUAUUUAAACGAAUGGACGUUAGGUAGAUAGCUGGGGUCUGAGCGCACAGUUCGUGAAAGUACCGCUCAGAUCCCAGCAUAACUAACCGAACGCCGCACGAAACACACAUUAUUUUCUAGUUGCAUUCAAAAUACCGAUUGACGUAGGGGAAUAAACUACCGAAUGACUGGGGCUCUCGAACGGCCUGGAAGUCCAGCGGUAUUCGUGCCGUCGAGUAGCCGAUUUUAGUUCCAGGCGCUUGACCACCAAAUACCGCUGGGCUAACAAAGGAUCCAAGAUGGCCGACCGCCGCGUGGUCGGUAGCCGAACGGCAGCCACCCUGAAUCUCUAUAAUUACCGAGGGAAACAAUGUUGCAAUAUUUAAUGGGAGCCACACGACCUCCUGUGUGUGGUCUCCCAUUCGGUAGUUUGUUCGUUUAACGAACAGUGUUGAAAUUCACUGUUCGUGAAACUAUUGUAGGAAUGCUGGUGGCUUUAUGCCACCAGCGUACGAAUGCUCUUGUUCAGCUAAAAUACAGUAAUAGGUAUACGCUUGGUUCUUCAGGCUUAAAGCAACAGCAAUACAUUAGUACCAAUACAGUCUUAAGUGGCUAGUUUUGCCACAGCUUGAUGAUUCUGAACACUUUUAAGAGUUCAUUGUAGAAUUCAUCAAAAUAUUUGUGGUGAAUGCUUGUAUAGAAGCAUUCACCACACCGAGACCCUGUGACUGAACCAAUACAGCCGACAUCAAGUUUCCUAUUAACCAUCUACGAAUAUACUCAUUUAAAUGAAAUGCAGCAGUUAUUAUGAAACUCACGUCUCCGUGUAUGUUAUGAUGUACUCUCUUUCUAUAAAAUCUUACUGUCUUUGUUUUGUUUUUUUGUUCGAUAGGAGCAGAAUCCUUUUAGUGGAGGUGCCAGUGUCUUCAGUCACUUGACUCGUGGUGAAGUGGAACGGGAGUUACUCAAGCACAAAGAGCUUUUGAAGAAGAAAGAUUUUCACAUUCGAGAGUUGGAGAAUUACAUUGAUGACUUGUUGGUGCGGGUAAUGGAGGAAACCCCCAGCAUUCUGCGUGUGCCAUAUGUGCCUUCCAGGAAAGCUGGAAAAUUCACCCAGAACUAGAGUCUCUGAUCACACUGGUAUCACCAAUGCCAUUUGCAGCAUAGGACUGGUUUUGCUGUAUCUCCUGCCAAAGUGGUCCCAACCGAUGGAAGGAUGUGAGGCCUUCUCAGAUACCUUGGUACUUCCAAAUGUCUUUCCAUGAGUGGAAUAAUAAUGAGCCACUCCUUGUUCAGAUGUGUUGGCGAGCGGAAGGGAUAUGGUUCGAAUGUUUAAAGAAUAGUGCUAGGAACAAUGUGAUCAUUUAGUUAUCUGAUCAGUCCAAAUAUGGUGCUUCAGACAACUCAUUGACUUAAUAUCAAAUCUCCUGGCCUGAGAUUUCUCUUCCGAAGUGUUCAUUGUGUUAUUUAAUAGUGUUAUUGUUCCCUUUUUUUCCCAGGUGAAGAUUUCUAUGCACUAUAUAUUAUUAGUCACGUCUUUUAAUAGAGAUGAUUUUAUUUCCAAAAUUCCAACUAUUGAUGAUACUAUCCUCCAGAGAUCUUCACCAUAUGCAUGAAGGAAAAUUAGCAAAAUUUCUACAUUACUGCAAUCAUAUUUCAGACACCUGAUUACUUCUAACAUGUUAACAUACUGGACAUUUAUUUAUUUUAACAUAUAAGUGAACAAAAACUGCUAGAAGACAUGUACGUCUUUGUUCACCCCAUUAUGUGGGGAUACUCUUACCAUCUUCGGGUGUUAAGUGGUGGUUUGUCCUCUUUGAGCUUUGUGUGAGUAGCAUGUCAGGAUGAGAUUCUCCACAAGACUUUGUAUCUCAUUUGUUGCCACUAGACGAGCAUCUCUGAGGAGGUUUAGAUUGUUAGCUCAUAGGUAACAGGGCUUUCAAAUUUACACUAGAGACCUAUCUAGCUGUAAACUACUCUAGCUAAAUAAAGUAAGCAGAAUUAAAAGAAGAUAUUGGAAAACAUAAAAAUAAACUGACAGGCAUGUCCACAGGUGAUUAAAUUGUCGAGAAUUCUUAAUGAAUUUAACAUUUUAAGCCAGAAUUGAAGUUGGCUGCCCAGAGGGAUCAACAUUGGAUCCAGUUCUUUAAGCUGGAUAUUCUAGGUUGGGAACUCCUGAUGUACUUGACCUUAAAAAAAACUUUGUUGAAAGUCCAUUGGCAGCCACAUUGAGAAAAGGAAAUGAGUAAAGAGUCCUUCACUCAUUAUCAUAAACCAAUGCCCUUCCAGCCAGGGAUAUUGGAAUAGAGGGCACCAGGUAUAGACUGGUGGGUUGGAAAACCUUUGGUGCUGACAAGCUGCUCCCUGGGGGGUUAUUUUCCAAAGCCAUUAGUUUAUAGAAAUCAGCUUGGUGAGGGAUUUAUAGGUUUGUUCAAGAUUAAAAAAAGCGUUAAAAAAAGUCAAAUGAAGUCCUCGUACUCAGUCCUUCAUGGAGAGCGUUAGUAUAGAUCGACUCCCGAUGGAAGGAUGGAAGGCUUUCUCAUACGCCCAGCAAUCAACUUUGCUGUAAAUGUGUGUUUUAAGAAACAUAUUAUCAAAAAAAAAAAAAGCUUUAAAAACAGAGAUAAAUUCCCCUAUAUUCCAUUCCCAAGGAAAUAUUGCUGAUAUAUGUCUGACAAAUUCUUCUCAUAACCAGCACUAGAGGCAUACAGCGUGUAUCGUCCAAUCCUACGCUCCUCUAUAGCAAGCAAUGAAUCUUGAUGCAUUGCACGCACACUCAGAGUGUAGUCUGACACUGGGUGUCAAAUCAAUUCAAUUAUUGAAUCCAUGUUCGGCCAUGAGACAUGGAUUCUGUAAAAUGUAUAUAGUGUCAUUUCGCAGAAUCAGAAUGAAAUCCCCUUUCCACAAAAAGUAAUCAUUGUAUCUAAUCAAAUCUUUCCUGUGUGUUCACACUUACACACACGUACUUACACACAGACGCACACACUCACACACGCACACACACGUAUGUACACACAGACGCACGCACUCACACACACACAUACGUAUGUACACACAGAGGCACGCACUCACACACGUACGCACACACAGACGCACUCACACACACACGUACUCACACACGUACAUACACACAGACACACACUCACACACGUACAUACACACAGACGCAUGCACUCACACACGCACACACACGUACUUACACACAGACGCGCACACACACGUACUUACACACAGAUGCACACACUCACACACGUAUGCACACACAGACGCAUGCACUCACACACACACGUACUUACAUACAGACGCACGCACUCACACACACACACUCACACGUACGUACACAGACGCACGUACUCACACACUCACACACACGCAUUUACACACAGACACACGUACUUACACACAGACACACGCACUCACACACACACAUACGUACACACAGACACACGCACUAACACACACGUACUUACACACAGACGCACGCACUCACACACACACGUACUCAUGCAAUUAAUCUUCUUACAUCUCGUUCUCCUUAAACUUUGCUAGAUCCUCACCCACAACCUUUGUAGUCAAUGUGAAAUCAGCUACUGACUUGGAAACAUAUAAUUUAAUCGUAUACAGAUAUUCUGUUUUAUUUAUACAACGUGAGUGUAUAGAACUAUAAACAAUACUGUAUAAGGCAGGCUUUUAGAGUCUGGUCAGUGGGUCCCCUUGAUGGUCUUUGUGUCCACACUAACUAUGCUACCUCCUGUUUUUUCUUGACCAAUUUAAUGUCGUACUUACUCUCCGUUACAUCACGUGGUUUCUUGAACCUUAGCAGGAAAUAUUCAUAGAGCGGUACGCAUUGCAUGGGUCAUACAUUUUCUCCCCAAAUUAUUAGUAGAUAAAACCAGAUUUUCUAGACAAGAUGUGAUCAACCUUGAGCUCAUUUAUCAUAAUUAUAUGAUGGCCAUUACUACUAUCCAAUAAAAGUUAUCAGGCAGUUAGAUAUCUCAGUUCUGGACCAGAUAUCGGAGAUAUCGCUCCACGUGUCUUUUUCCCUGUUGAUUGCUUCCUGUUUGUUAUGCACUUCUGAUUGUAUCAGUGUUAAUAUGUGCCACGAUAUGUCAAAUGAGCAAAUCUGAUCUUCCACAUAUAAAGCCACGUGUCCAAAAUAUCUCACAAUGAAAUCCUUCUAGUAGUGAAGAUGUAUGGACAAAUGUUUUGUUUCAUGGAUUUAAAUUAGCACCAAGGUCAACGUGAUGGGAUAAUGUGACUGUGAGCAAAACAAAAUAAUGUAUUUUUAAACAAAUUUAAGCAGUUGUAAACUGCACAAAUUAUUAAAAAAAAACAACUGUAGGUAGUGAGCAAACGUGACGUUAGCUGAGUUGUUAACAGCUUUCCUGAAUUUUCAAAGUUGUUACAUUUGGUGAUAUGUAUCAAAGAAGAGUGACAGUUAAAUUCUGUCAUUAUUCUGAUUAUAUUUAUUAAAAUGAUCUAAAAAGUGCUGUUUAUCUUCACAGUACAUUCCACCAGUUUUCACAGAAAUCGCAAUUUCAGAACUUUUCUGUUGGAAAAAGUGGAAUAAAAAUUCACAAAUCUGCUUUAUCGGUGAUGGUAAAAUAAAUGGUGCAUAUUCAAAGAUGACAUUUAGGGUACAAAAAAAAGAGGGAAAAAACCUAACAAGUUUAAUAAAUUGUGUCAAUAAUUUGCUGGAUAUUACACUGAAAGUGUUGCCGACACUUUGAUAAAUUUCCCCCACAAUCUGCAAUAAUCUCCGUUCUGAGACUGCUUUACCUGCCACUGUACAUUGUACUGGUCGAAUGGCUAGCAAAUGCACAGAUUUCUAAAAAAAAAUUUGUGUGUUGCUUGACCUCAUCUCUAGGUAUAAACAUAAAUAAUUAUAUUACAGUAAUUAUUGUUGAAUGGCAGGGGAGGACUCCUAAUUAUAACUGUUCCUAGAAUUCUGUAGUUUUAUUCUAUAAACCAAUAUAUCAGUUUGUAGACAGAUUUUGGUUGAAUGAGUUGUUUUAUUUAUUAAAUCAGUGAUGUCUAUAAAUAUAUAAACACAGACGCAUACGGUGCUUCUACUUUAAUUGUUAUGCAUAUAUGAGACUUCACAGCUUUCAGGCCUGUGCUGCUCACUGUAACCAAAAAUGAUUGAUUUCACUCGCAGUAACAGCCACUUACUGUAUAGAAAGUAACUUAUCUGGAGACCAGCUCCAAACUGGAGAACUGAAUGCACAGUGGGCUUGGAUCCUAUAUAUUAGAUUCAGAGUUCUGUAAGGUCAUACCUACAGCCAAUACUGAUCUUUGCGGUUUUAAUAUCCCCGUAUCGUGCAUUAAUAAUAAUGUUUCCCCUUUCCAUGUUGUAUCACUCAUGCAAUAGAUCAUUGUGUCCCAAAUAAAACACGUUGCAUCCCGUCUUCAUGGUACAUUAUAUGCAUGGAGUGGGGGGCGAGGGGGGCAGUGGCAAUAGCUACGAAUUGGGGACCAGUGGUGCUAUGUUUGUACUUCGUGACUCAUAUGCCAGUGUCAUACCAUUAAAGGCCAGAGAGGGAAAAUGAAAUCAAAGCUGGGAAUACCAUUUAAACUUUGUAUUUCCUAACAAUGUUUAGACCGAAUGCUUCAAACUGCGUUCUAAGUUGGCUCAGACCUGGUUACCUUUAGACAGGUGUUCUGUGUGCUUUAGGAGAUGGGGAAUUAUUGAAUCAUGACACCCUUUCUGAAAUGUGGGAAAAUUGAUUGUCUUUAGAGAGAAAAUGAAGAUUCUCUUUGGGAUUAUGACUUUUUGGAUGACAAAUGUAUAAAAGUAAGGAAAGUGAACAGGUUUUUGGAAUCACAAUAGAAAUGUCUAUUGGAGAAAAACAUUCAGAAUCGGCUUUGCACUUUUUGGGAUUGGUUGUGUGAUGAGAAUAGUGAGACCUUCCAUUCACAGUGAGAUACCACCUUCAGAACUCCCAGGAUCCGCUGAUGUGAUCCUGAAUGUCCUCAUACUCCCUAUGUUCUUUACAAUUUCCAUGGUUAUAAAGAACUUCUCCAAUAUAUUUAUUUUUAUUAAAACAUAUCUGGAAUGAAUCUUAAUUUACAGUGCAUGAGAGAGGGCGCAUAAUUGUCAAUUACAAUUAAUUUGUGUUAAUUAUGUUUAAUAGUCAUGCAGGUGACUUUGAAUCCUUGUGGGAGACAGAAAUUGAGAAAUGAGACUUUAAGGCUGGGAUGAUAAUACAUUAGGGAAUCCCUUUUGCUGACAAGUUUUGUAACAUGGCCCUUGUCUGCUAAGGACAGGUGACAGGUGGACACUAACCACGUAGCCAUCUGCACCUCUCCCUGGCAACGAAUGGGGUCUGUCUGUAUUACGGCCUGGUACAGAGUACUUGGUGCCAUGGUAAAGUAACCAGGGAUUUCGGAAUUCACUGCUUUUCAAGUAUGUACUUCCAAUAUUCCAAGCACUAUUAAACGAGAAAUACAUUUAUUUUCGGUUGCCACUUAAUUAUUAAGAAAUCAUGAAUUUCAAUCGAGCUCUAUAAAUAAAUAAUAAUUUUGUAUAUAUAUUCUCUCUAAUAGGAAUUAAAGAACACUCCACUGCCCACGUACAAAAUAAAUAAAUACAAAGCGUUAUUUAGUAGAUAUACUAUGCAUGCAUUUAAUUAUGUAUUCAUUUACUGGGGUUAUAUCUAAAGAUGUAGAUCUCCUGUCUGCAACCUUUGCAAGCCCUUCUAACUCCACCCAGACUUUCUGUGGCUGUCCAAUCACAGACUCCCAAUGCAGCUCAAUGAGAAGUCUUUGCAAGGCAGGUGCUCUGGGCAGUUGCUGCCUCUUGGGUUUAUCUCCACUGAGUUAAACAAACCAGGAAGUAACAUGACCGGUUAUCUGAUUGACAGCCAGGGGGGUGUAACAAGGUCCAAUUAUAAAAGUGACAAUUUCUAUUGAAAUUUGUACUUUUUGUAAAAUGUAAAAAGAGGACACACUCUUUGAGCUGACGUGUUUUAGUCCCGAAGUGUCCCUUUAAUGCUUUGUGCUAUAUGAAAUGUUAGUCCAGUAAAAAUUAUCAAAGUUCAGGUGUGCUGAAUUCGACUGGCCCGUGUCUAAAUCAAACCCUUCCCCAUCCUAGCUUGAUAUACAAGCUGGCAGAGGCUUCAAUGGAAUGUUAAUGGUAAGGGGAAAUCAUUCGAUGUAUAAUAAACGGACUCCUGAUUUCACAUUUCAUAUUGUGUGUGUGUGUGUGUAUAUAUAUACUUAUUUACUGACAUCUGCACCAAUAGGUAGGUAGGUUGAUAGGCAGAUGAGUAAGUAGAUACAUAUAGAUAUCCCCAGUGUACCCAAACAAUAUGACGAUUACAUCGAAAAUCUUUUUCUUUUUUUCUUUUUUUUUUUUUAACUUACUGGAAAAAGUAUUGUAAAAUAACAUGCGCAGUGCCAAUAUAUACAAAUCGAUAUGAUGUUACAGAAUUUUUUGAAAAAUGUUUAACAAAAACAGUUUAUCUUGUGAAUCUCUCCUGUUUGUGAAUUUGAUGGCAAAGUGUUGGCUUUUUGUAUCUUUGUGGAUAUGUGUGCUUAAUGCAAAUGGAACUGUGCUGACAAUGAAACCCCUGACUCUGAUGAUGUCAUACAAUCUGAUGAUGUCAGCCUGGAUGGAAUGCACACCAAGCUGCCUAUCAAUCAAGCAGACUGCCCCACUAAGGGCACAUCAUGCAGGGAGCUCUGUUCCAUCUCUCUCCGCAGGGUCCUAGUGUCCUGAGUGUAGCAGACACAAUUCUAAUGAUCUGCUCAUGUUUUCAAGGCCAGUUCCCUGGUGUCCCCAAAAGCGGGACACCUGGAAACAAAGUCAGGACAGUGGGACAGAACCCUGCAAUUAGGACUCUUCAGAGGCCUGUAAUGUUCAUGUCUGCUUUAAAAGUGCUAAUCUAAUUCAAAUGUAUUGACGAUUAACGAAUGAUUACUAUCACCACUUUGCCAAAGCUAAGGCUAGAUUUAAUGCUUCAUGGAAGCCACCACCAAAUCGGGACACAUGGAGUACCCCGCCCACUUGGUGGGAUAUUGAAUGUGUAAAAGUUUAACCUUCGUAACUCAGAGAGGAAACGUCUCUCGUGGUUAAUGUAUUUUGUGUCUUAACGUUCACUGAAUGUCAUGGAGUGAGUAAUGCAUUUAAAUUAAUAUUAUUAUUUAUGAAUUUAUUUACCAAACAGAAAUCCUAUGGUUUGACAAAGACAUGACAAAAUCUAUGUUAAAAUUACUGGGUAUGAAAAAACUUUCCAACUCCUAAACCUGUUUUUUAUAUAAGAAUGUGUAUGUUGUUCUAUUUAUACAGAACUGCCAGCUGUAUGAAUUGGUUAACAGUACGAGUAUGAAGACUUUACAACUCCCGGUCUGCAGAGUCUUACGUUGAAUGAACCAUGUUCCUCUGCAUUUCUAACACGCUAUAGCUCAUGCAGAUAUAGAUGUCAAGCUCCUCUACCACAAGUGGCCUUUCACAAUGUUCUCAUGGUGGAACAUAGGGUGGAGCUGACGAUAACAUGGAUAACAUACUGUAUAUCUCUCUAUAUAUCAGCAAAUGGUAGUUAGAUUUGUGCACGGUGAAAAAAUUUGGUUCCGCCGAAUUUGUCAGAAAAAAAAUAAAUGAGUUUGGAUAGUCUGAAAUUCAUUCAUAGGGUGUUUCAUUCAGAACACAAUAUUUAUUCACACUUCAUCUGUGAAUAAAACCAACAUUUAUUAACCAUCAAUCCUCUCUUAUUUGAGCACCAUGGACAGUACUCUGAAAUACGAAUCAAAUGAAAUGGUUCGUCCAUUGUCUGUUUUGUGAUUUGACAAUUCGGAUUUAUAAUUCACAUUUUGUUUGAAGCUGAAUUCUAGUUAGAGUCCAAGUUAUUGCCUAGUGGUGAUAAUUUGUCAUCAGUGGACGUUCUAGUCCAGAGUCAAAUCUGUGUUAUGGGAAAUUAUAACCAGAAAGCCAAUAAUAGAAUGACACAUUAAUUCAUGCACACAAUCCCCUCUCCCCCGUGCAUUCCGAUACAGUAUUCACUGCUACAGCAUUUUAUUUCUGUAGAUAAUACAGAUUGUAUACUAUUUUAUCAUUCACUAGAUCAUUAAUUCUGCAGGGAGCGAACCUGGAGCAAUAGUAACUGAUCAGGGGCUGCAAAGACAUUAAACUGCUAGAAUUUGCACUAAAACCAGUAAAACUCUACUAGAGACUCCAUCCAGUGAUUGCUGUAAUCUUGUAUCAGCUGCAUGUAUCAAUCCAUGAAUUAUGUGUGUUUGUGGGAAUAUGGCUUUCCGUUUAUUUGUCACACUUGUACGAUGUAAGAAUGUCAUUUAAGCAUGUCAGAUCACUGGCUUUUAAUAAAUACUUUGGAAUCUGGCACAUUGUGUAUUUUAUUUGUUUGUUAACUUUAACUAACUAUUAUAAU